GUCUAUGUAUGACAAAUAAAGACAACGUUUGGUGCGUCUCAUGUGUCCUCUUGCUAUACACGUGUAUAACUAUUAUUUAUAUCACUGACUGAAUUCUAUCGUGUUAAAAAAUAUAUGAAAAAUGAUCGAUUUAAAUGUUUACAAUCUUGUGUUGUACCCACUUACAGGUUUAAUAUUGUAUUUGGUGUACUUACGGCUCCAGAAACCGCUGGAAUAUCGGCAAGUUUCUUCGCAGGUACCUUCGGUCACUAAAACCUUUUGGAGCGAAAUAAAGUUUUCGUGGAACAUAGCGAUGAAACACCCUAAAGAAUUUUUACCACUUUACAUGGAAAUAUUCAAAAACAACGGUCCGAUAGUUCAUAUGAAUAUUGCUGGACGAUCAUACGUUUUACUAAAUGACCCAGACGAUAUAAAAGUUCUGUUAUCCAGUGCACAAUAUAUCAACAAAGGUCCCGAGUAUGACAUGUUAAGACCUUGGUUAAACGAUGGCCUUUUAUUAAGUACAGGUUCGAAAUGGCAAAACCGACGAAAACUCCUUACAAACACGUUUCACUUCAAAACGUUAAGUAUGUAUAAUCCUUCACUUAAUAAUCAUUCACGGACUUUAGUGAAAAAACUAUUGGAAGCAUCUGCACUUAAUGAAGAGAUAUGCAUAGCGGAAUACAUAACACUGUGCUCCUUAGACAUGAUGUGUGAAACAAUCAUGGGUACUGAAAUGAAAGCUCAAGAAGGUAAAUCAGUUGAAUACGUUAAUGCUAUAAAAAGUGCUUGCAGAUCAGUGAUUAACCGAGUUUAUAGGUUUUGGCUAUGGAAUGAUACGAUUUUCAAAAUAAGCGAAUGUGGUCAAACGUUCUAUAAAUCUAUCAAAGUUCUACACGAUUAUACCGAUAAUGUGAUUAAAAGUAAGCGAAUUUUGUUAAAGAACACAGAAAAUCGAUCAGAAAGCAAACAUGAAAAAACGCAGAAGAAAUCGUUCUUGGAUUUACUUUUAAACGUUCUGAAAGAAUACCCGGAGCAAAUGACCGACAAAGACAUUAAAGAAGAAGUGGAUACAUUUCUUUUCGAAGGACACGACACGACUUCGUUCGCAAUGACCAUGACUAUAGUGUUACUUGGGAUCUAUCAAGACAUUCAAGCCAGAGCCAGAGAGGAGCUUCGCGGUAUUUUUGGUGACUCCGACAGAGAUGUAACGAUGGAAGACUUGAACGCCAUGCGAUAUGUUGAAGCGGUUAUUAAAGAAUCGCUACGGCUGUAUCCCAGUGUACCGGCAUUUACGAGAGAACUGCAAACCACGUUAAAACUAAAGAACUAUAAUAUUCCUCCAAUGACAGCAAUGGUGAUAUAUCCUUAUAUUCUACAUCGGAAUGAAGAAAUAUAUCCUAACCCUGAAAAAUUCAUUCCCGAUAGAUUUUUAGACCAAGACAAUAAAUCAAAAUUUUUAUAUGGAUAUCUUCCGUUCAGCGCUGGUGCGAGGAACUGUAUUGGACAAAAAUAUGCCAUGAACCAAAUAAAAACAGUUGUAUCGACUGUAUUGCGAAACACGAAAAUCGAAUCAAUGGGAAACAAAGAAGACAUCGAAGUCAGUAUGCAAUUGAUCACUAGAAUUGAGUCACUUCCGAAAGUUAAAUUUUAUAAGAUUUAAUUAUGUCUAACGUUUACAUGAUGAAUUUUAUACACAGAGUACUUAACUAAUCAAAACUAUAACUUUUAUAUUAUACUAUUUAUAGUAUAUAACAAC